AUGUCGUCGACAGCGGUUCCCAAAACACAGCUAGCUCAUAGAAGAAAGCCUUCGACACCCCCUCCUGUCGACUCGGAUAACCUUGAAGAGAUAAUUCUACACAAACUAGACUCAUUUUUAUAUAAGCUCGAAACAAAGCUAGAUCGCUUUGAAGCGUUUGGCUUACAGAAGCUCAGUCAAGUAGACGAGAGUGUCCAACACGCUUAUGAUGUACUAGUUAAAGUGAGAAAAGGUGUCAUAGGUGAAGGGUGGAGAAAAGCCGAGGCUUUAGUCAAGAUUAUUGAAGAUAACUAUGAAGCUAUGGCAGGCCAAGCUAUCAGCGAUGAAGACGAUGAUCAAGAAAAUAAAGAUAAGACUUUGAGACCGAAAAAGCAGAAGGUUAACUCGAAGACUACUAAGGAAUCUGCUGAUGAAAAUGCAUCCAACGGAGGGCUUGGUGUGCCAUCUAUAGCGGCUGUUACUUCUACUUCUACUUAUAACAGAGUCUCGGAGGUACUAGGACACUUGGAGACCAAACUCCAGGAUGUCGAGGAAAAGUAUUCUUAUCUUCUCGAUAGUCACACCCUUUCGACUGCCGUUGCUACGGCCCUCCAUGCUGCCAAGUCUAGGCUCCUCACAUAUGAUGAACUUCCUGUUGAAUGGCGCGAAAACCCAUAUAUCAUCCGAGGAUACCGGUUCUAUAAGGGGUACAUGGACUGUAUCUACAGUCUUGUCAAAGUCCAUAACGAGACAUGCAAUAUCUGGACCCAUGUUAUUGGAUUUUUUGUGAUGCUGUCUCUGGCUUUUUUUCAUCUACCCCAUACAUUAUCUUGGAAAGACUCGUCAGUUUACGACAAGCUUACAAUGAUUGUAUUCUUAGUGGCUGCUAUGAAGUGUUUGGUUUGUUCGGCUGUGUGGCAUACAUUUAACGGAAUCGCACAUCUGCCAGCUAAAAAUAAGUUUGCCUGUGUUGAUUAUACCGGAAUCACUGUUUUAAUUGCUGCUUCUAUUCUCACCACUGAAUACACUGCACUUUAUUGCAAACCUUUUGCUAGAAACGUUUACAUGGCGGUGACAGCUCUAUCUGGUCUGGGGGGAGCUGCUUUUACAUGGGAUCCGAAAUUUGAUAGCCCCGAAGCACGUGGACAAAGAAUCAUUUUCUUUGUAGGAUUCGCUGUUGCUGGCUUACUAGGGUUUCUACAUGCGUCGGUAUAUCAUGGUCUCUUGUCGACGUUCUUUUUCUAUCUACCGGUAUUCAAAAGCUUGUUCUGUUACUGCCUGGGAGUAGUAGUGUAUGCCUUUCUAAUUCCUGAAAGAUGGUUCCCCGGUACCAUAUUUGACUUUUUUGGAAUGUCGCACAAUCUGUGGCACAUUUGCGUUUUCGGUGGUAUUUAUUAUCACUAUGUAGCCACUGUAAACCUUCUUGAGGGCGCCCAUGCCUUUAGCUGUUCAGCUCACUAA